AUGGGUUACGGCAAAACACUCAACACGAUCAUGACUGCGACGAGAGCGAAGGGGAUGCCUUACCAAGGCCCCUUUUCGUGCUUCGAGGAGGUGGACCGCCCGUCGGUGUUUGCUUUGACAGACAAGGACGUGUCAGCGCGCGAGCUGGCUGAGGCCAAAGCUGAUUUCAUUAUCAUCACUCCGCAGUACCUGAGCGCCCGGUAUCUGGAAUGGCAAGACGCCACUCAACAAGCCCGAUCCGGUCUAUAUAUCCUUGGCAGACCAGUAGCCCGAAGACAAACGUCGUCCAGGUUAUGGCAGACGAACUGUGUCUUCGACAUCGAAUGUUGGACAUCCCUGGGCCUUCACUUUCCCUUCGCCAUCUUCGACGAGGUACACGGAGCGAAGAAUCCCGAUGCGAUCAUCAACAGGGCAUCUGCGGCGCUCGACGCCAGGGCGAAACUUCUGGUCAGUGGAACUCCUAUGAAAAACAGAGUCUUCGAUGCCUUUGGGAUUCUCAAGAUUCUGCCCGGAUGCCCCUUCGCGACGGAGAAUGCGUUUUUGAGAGUCCUCAGUGUCAACCCAAAGGCGCGAGGGCCGCCGAAAUUGCGCCUGAGAAGACUUGCCCAAAUUCUCGACGCAUGCACGAUCGUCCGCCCUCUCGCGGCCCUGAAUCUUCCCGACCUCGUCGAGCACAUAGUUCAGGCCGAGCUCCUAGACGAAACGGUCCUCGACAUCGCCAUGGCCGCCCACAAAUUCCACCGUCUCGCGGUAAUCUCUGGAGGGGGCCGUCGGCGAAGACCCCAGAAUACAGGACAUGGCGCCGCCCUUUCUUACACCACCCGCGCAAGACUGAUGGCGACUGCCUCUAUCUUCAACCGUCCGAGCCCAAGUCAGGAAAGGGACACUAGGUCGACAAGGGAGAGGUUUGGAGAACGGUGCACCGAGCACGGAUACGACCAGUUAACAAUCGCGCGCAACCCGCAGCUGCUACGUGAGUUUGUGCAAUCCGUACAGAGGAGGAAGUCAGAUGAGCGCGAGGAGGAUCCAGACUGGGACCCAGAGGUCGGAGAUGUCGACGAGGAAGAUGAAGUUAUCGGUCCCGACGAUGCAAACCUCAACGACAACCCACGUCGUGCAAGAAACCGCCAACUUUGGCUCUCGCAUCUCGAUACGGAGUGGGAGAAGGAACUUGAUCGGUCUGCGAACCGUAAGAGUCCCCGGCUCCAGGCCAUUCAGAUUAUCGUGGAGCAAAUCGAGGAGAUGGAAAUCGACGAAUCGAGCAACGAAGUUGAUCCAGAUACCAGGAUCGUGGUAUUUUCCGAGUGGGUGCACGAACUGGACCUUAUUGGAGGUUUCUUCAGUGCCAAUUCGAACGGGACUUCAAAGUGUUACGUUUCGAUAAUAUACGAAGACAACGAAGACAACGAAGACAACGAGGACAACGAAGACAACGAAGACAACGAAGACAACGAAGACAACGAAGACAACGAAGACAACGAAGACAACGAGGACAACAACAACAACGAUGAGGACGACGAGGACGACGAGGACGAUAAUAAAAACAAUAACAACGAUAACGCCAGUGACAAUAGGGACAGAGAGAGGUCACUCAAAACGACUCACCUCUCAUCGGAUUCGAGCCGAGUCUAUCAAGCUAAGCGGGGAUACCUGAAAUCGGUGGUCCGAAUGCACCCGAUCCCUCGAGACCGUCAAGACGAACGAUAA